AUGGCCGAAGUAGCAGCAGGCGCGUGGGUAGCAGCCGAAGUCGUCGAGCAUACAGCAGAAGCAGGCUACGCAGCCUAUCUUGUAUCCAAGCCAACACUACCUCUCAAGGUAACAUUUACGCGCAUAGCUACAGCCGCUGGAGACCCAUCAGCGCGCUCCUUGGCCCGCUCCAACCACACAGUUACAGUGAUUGGCAACAAAGCCUACAUCUUCGGUGGCGACACUGCAAGCAAUGUUCUUGCGAGUAACGAUGUCCAUGUGAUUACUCUUGAGCGGUCUGGGAAACCAGAAAUGGAUUACAGUAUGAUUCCUGCGUUGCCAACGUCUGAGAACCAACAGACGCCCCCGGCAAGAUCCAACCACGCAGCUUGUGCUUUCCAUGGAAACAUUGCUGUCUAUGGCGGCAGUGAUUUAAAUAAAACUCUGACCGAUGAAAGGUCUUCCCUAUGGUUUUUCAGUACUGAAAGGAAGACCUGGGAUCUCCUCGAACCCUCCAAGGGAGAUGUCGAUACCGGUGCCAUUGGCCCAGGACCACGUCGGAAUGCGCAAUUAUUCGCAAACGAUCAGCACGUAUUACUCUUUGGUGGAGUCGAUGGCUCAGGCGAUCACGCAUCAGAUCUCUGGCAGUUCGACAUUGCGGCCCGUUACUGGACACAGCUCCCUACCGCACCGAUAGCGACAUCAAACGCAUCGCUGGCAAACGGACAGCUAUGGUUGAUAUCUGGUAACGACCCGAUGAGCAGCCAGCUCCAUCACAUCAGUAUCAACUCUCCAAGCGAAGAAAAGAAAUGGGAGUCCUUUACCUUCCCAACUAAUCCUCUCGCCCCUGGACCCCGAGCAAGACACGAUGGCGCUCUACUUCCUGUCACAACUGGUUGGGGCCGUAAUUACCUCGUUUAUCUCUUUGGGGUUCGGGGUGACUCUGAUUUAGAAACUCGUGCUAUAGACCCAGAGGAUCCAAAAGAUGCGGGCCAAGUGACGCAGUUCAGCGAUACGUGGGCACUCCAGAUUCCGUCGAGCGACUUGGAGCCAAAGGCAUCUAUGACACUCAAAAACGCAAUUAACCCUGCGAAACUCAAGGAUGCUAUCAGGUCCGCUGUAGGUGCUGAGACUGGCCAUCUCUCAUGGGCAGAAGCAGUGGUGCAGCUUCCGUCGGACAAGCAACUAGACGAGGAUGGAAGGCUGCAUCCCGGUCCACGAGCUUUCUUCGGCGCAGACGUAUUGAAAGGAGGUAAUAGUGUCGUAUUCUGGGGCGGAGUAGACGCAAAAGGGGAGAGGGUGGGCGACGGAUGGAUAGCAAAGUUUGAAUGA